GAGAGAGAGAGAGAAACUGCGAAAGAAUGAGAGAAAGAGAAAGUAGUGGGGGAAGCACAGAGAACACCUUUUCGCCUUCCCCGUCGACGACUACCAAAUCGACUGCAAGAAGAAAAAACGCGGAACAACAAAAAUAGUUUCAUCACAUGAUCAUGCCCGACGGAACUUGUAUUCUCACAAUCGCCAAUUUUUAGCGCUCCAGCCGCCGUCCAUGUCGACAAAAAAUAUUUGUACAAGCGCUAUCUUCAACGUCGGACAGACGCGCGUCGACUAGAGAUCUCUAAGCUUCGCGAGGACUUCCCAAGCCUGAAUUGCCUGAAAGUGCGCGCGACGCCUACACGCGCUUCAUUCCUACCAGUGAGAGGCGCCACGUUGCGUCUCAUAAGUACACCGGAGUAUAGCAAAGCACAGAAGAAUCUAGACAUUUACAGGGAAGCCAUUUAUUUUCAGGGAAGAUAAAAUAUAUGCUUACAAAUGACUGAAUCGUAUUCAGAAAUAUCUUUCGAUUCUCAACUUUCACCACCUGGUUCUGAUGCAAAAUUGUCAAUAAGUGCACCAAAUAUAAAUAAUAAAUUAUUAACAGAUUGUUUUGAUAAAAGUAGUACAAGUAGUACUAGACCUGAUUAUUUAAAUUUGAAAAAUGAUAGUGACAUUCAAAUACAAAAAAGCGAUUAUGAUGUAAAAAAUUAUGGACAAGCAAUUGAUUAUUUGCAAUCUGAAGGAACUGUAAUAAAAGAUGGAAAUUUGGUCCUAUUUGUUACUGAAGAUUUGGAAAACAAAAUAAAAUUAUCUAGUCCAAUUGCAAAGAAGGGAGAUACCCAAUUUUUUGUAGAUUCACGAAACUCUACAUCUGGCCUAUAUAGGCAAGCUUUGACACCUUUAUUACCUCCAUUAGAUCAUAAUAUUUUGAAUGAAUUGGAAAAUGAAGCAAGAAAAGUAGCGACAUCAGUUGAUUCAAUUACUGAAAAUUUAGCAGCUAUAUUGCACAGUGCUUCUGCAUUAACUGUUGGUUGUUUAGAAACAUACAGAGAUACAGUGUGUAAAACUUGUGAUACCGUUGACUAUAAUAUUAAAUCAAUGUAUCAGCUAAUGGCCAAAUGUGAAGAGUUAUCAAAGUCUAUGAAUAUUAUUUAUAAAAUUGUAGAAAAAAUAAAAGAUAUGAAAAAAAUGUUGGAAUUAUUUGAAAAUACCAUGAAUAUAUAAAGCAGCAAAAUAAUUAAUAUUAAGGAGAUGAAAUUGAGAACAACUAAAAUCAAUAUCAGUUAUUGAAGCAUAUACAUAUAUGUGUGUGUGCAUGUGGGCACAUAGAAUUUAUUACAUAAUUAAUUAU